AUGAUUGACGCAGCGAAGUUUGCUGAUUUGACUUUGCUUCUAAUUGAUGGUAGUUACGGUUUUGAGAUGGAGACUUUUGAGUUCCUCAACAUUUUGCAUAAUCACGGACUUCCAAAAGUUAUGGGAGUUCUCACUCACCUUGAUAAGUUUAAGGAUGCAAAAAAGUUGAGGAAAACAAAGCAGCAUCUUAAACAUCGCUUUUGGACUGAGAUACGCACAGGAGCAAAAUUAUUUUAUCUGUCUGGGCUUAUUCAUGGAAAGUACACUAAACGUGAAGUACACAAUCUUGCUCGGUUUAUCUCUGUGAUGAAGUUUCAGCCACUGUCUUGGCGUACCAACCAUCCAUAUGUUUUAUCUGAUCGAUUUGAAGAUGUCACUCCACCUGAACGAGUUCAUAUGAAUAAUAAAUGUGAUAGAAAUAUCACACUAUAUGGUUAUCUUCGAGGUUGUAAUUUGAAGAAGGAAACUAAGGUUCACAUCUCUGGCGUGGGUGAUUUUAAUUUGGCUAAUGUAACCAGUUUGGCUGAUCCUUGUCCUUUGCCAUCUGCUGCCAAGAAGAAAGGACUACGUGAUAAGGAAAAAUUGUUUUAUGCUCCUAUGUCUGGGCUUGGGGAUCUUUUGUACGAUAAGGAUGCUGUUUAUAUAAAUAUUAAUGACCAUUUCGUUCAGUAUUCCCAAGUUGAUGAUGAUAAAGAAGUUCCUUCAACCAAAGGUAAAGUUCAAGAUGUGGGUGAAGUUCUGGUGAAGUCUCUCCAGAACACAAAAUAUUCAGUUGACGAAAAGUUAGAGAAGAGCUUCAUUUCCCUAUUUGGCAGAAAACCUGACAACUUAAAUGGGAUCCAUAGUAUUGAGCCGGCAGAGCAACGUCAACCUGGGUUGGUGGAACUUGAUAGACCUGGUGUAAUACAUGAUACCGAUGAUUCGGAGUCGUCCGAUCAAGAUGACCUUACCCCGAAAAAGGCUAAAUUUGAAAGUGAGGGCACUGAUGAAGAAGAGCAUAAUGAUUUGUUAAAUCAGAAAUCCCCUGUUGAAGACCAUAUGAAGGAACAUAUUGAAUUUCAUGAAGGGAGGCUUAGGAGAAAAGCUGUUUUUGGAAAUGAUGUUGACUCUGAUGAUCUCAUGGAUUCAGAUGAAGAAGAAGAUGACAAUGACAGUGAUGUUGACGGUCAAAAAAUGUUGUCAGAAGAUGAUGAAAAUGAAAAUGAAGAUGAAGAUGAGGAUGAGGAUGAGGAUGAUAAUGACGAGGAAAAUGGUAUUUUCUUGUAAAUCAAAGGCGAGGGAAAUAAGAAUGAAAGUAAAGCAGUGGAUGGUGCAAAUGCCAGUUCUGAGGAUUAUUCUAAAUUUACAAACUUUUUCAAUGAUAAUAAUGUGGAGAGCAUUCGUGACCGCUUUGUCACUGGUGAUUGGUCAAAAGCUGCUCUCAGAAAUAAAUCUUCUCAGGACGAAGUUGAAGAAGAUGAUGUGUAUGCUGAUUUUGAAGAUCUAGAAACUGGUGAGAAGUAUGAGAGUGCUGAUAAAACUACCGGUGCCAUGGUCCAAAAGGCAGAGUACUCAACAAUUGAGGAGCGCAGGCUGAAAAAGCUUGCCCUUCGGGCACAGUUCGAUGCUGAAUAUGCUGGAUCUAAGGCACCGGAGGAUGGAAGUGAUAUAGAAGGUGAGGGAAAGUUAAACCACAGUGAAGCUAAUGAAGGUGAUGAUUAUCAUGACAAGAUGAAGGAGGAAAUUGAAAUUAGGAAACAAAGGAAUAAAGCUGAACUUGAUAAUAUUGAUGAAGCCUUCCGGUUGGGGAUUGAGGGCUUCCAAUCAGGGACAUACGUAAGAUUGGAAGUUCAUGGUGUUCCUUGUGAGAUGGUGGAGCAUUUUGAUCCUUGCCAGCCAAUUUUGGUUGGAGGAAUUGGGCCGGGGGAGGAUGACGUUGGAUACAUGCAGGUCAGAUUAAAACGACAUAGGUGGCAUAAGAAGGUACUGAAGACUAGAGAUCCAUUAAUUUUUUCGGUUGGAUGGAGACGUUUCCAAAGUACCCCUGUUUAUGCAAUUGAAGAUUCAAAUGGGAGGCACCGCAUGCUUAAAUAUACACCUGAACAUAUGCACUGUCUAGCAAUAUUUUGGGGCCCUCUAGCCCCUCCUAACACAGGGCUUAUUGCUGUUCAGACUUUAUCGAGCAAUCAGGCAUCGUUCAGAAUAUGUGCAACAGCUACUGUGCUCCAAUCCAAUCAUGAAGAGCGGGUGGUCAAGAAAAUCAAGCUAGUUGGUUAUCCAUGCAAAAUUUUUAAGAAGACAGCACUUAUAAAAGAUAUGUUUACUUCAGAUCUUGAAAUAGCUCGUUUUGAAGGUGCAUCUGUUCGAACUGUCAGUGGUAUUCGAGGCCAGGUCAAAAAGGCUGCGAAAGAGGAGAUUGGUAACCAGCCCAAGAAGAGAGGGGGAGUCCCCAAGGAAGGGAUUGCUAGAUGUACCUUCGAGGACAAGAUUCGGAUGAGUGAUGUAGUUUUCUUGCGUGCAUGGACUAAAGUUGAAAUUCCUCAAUUCUACAACCCGCUGACUACAGCAUUGCAACCUCGUGGUCGAAUAUGGCAAGGGAUGAAAACUGUGGCUGAACUCAGGAAAGAACAUAAUCUUCCCAUUCCUGUGAACAAGGAUUCAGUGUACAAGCCAAUCGAAAGGCAGAAACGGAAGUUCAAUCCAUUGGUGAUUCCCAAAUCAUUACAAGCAGCCUUGCCAUUCAAAUCAAAACCAAAGGAUAAACCUAGUCAACAGAGGCCACUUCUUGAAAAGCGAAGAGCUGUCGUGAUGGAGCCUCGUGAACGGAAAGUUCAUGCUCUUGUUCAGCAGCUUCAACUUAUGAGACAUGAGAAAAUGAAGAAACGAAAGAUCAAAGAAGAGAAGAAAAGAAAAGAGCUUGAAGCGGAGAAUGCCAAAAACGAGCAGCUGUCUAAAAAGCGGCAAAGAGAAGAACGGCGAGAGAGGUAUAGAAAAGAAGAUAAAAUGAGAAAGAAAAUUAGAAGUGGAUGAGGUUUGGGAUAAUAUUAUAUAUAUUAUGGAGAUUCACCCAAUAGGUUCUUCAAAUAUAUUCGGAUGAGUUUUUACAUGUAUUCUUAGAGUUUGUUAUUAGGUGAUCUUUUAGUUGAUGAAAAUUUUGUAUAAUCUUUACAGUUUAUGAAAGAAAUUUUAUCUAAUUUCAUUGGAAGGUGAAUUAUAGGUUUUUUG